AUUUUCUAUAUAUUCACUAUUUUUCAUGUGCUUUGUGAAAUUCUAUACCAAUCAUGCCCGCCAUUCACCUGUUCGAGGCAUUCACUUUCCUUCUCGAGGAUGGUAUAUUCUCGUGCAGCUGUACCUUCGCUUGACCGACAACAUUCCCACUGCUUCGACAAAGUGCUUCGACAACUAAACGAUAAGGUAGACCUCGUGCAGUACGGCAACACUCAUCAUGUCUGGGUCCGAAGUAAUUGUCCCGGUUUGGGGGGCCAGCGACGGUGUCCAUGUUCUGCCGACGAAUCAGUCUCUGCACAGAGAUGACAAUCAUUACCGACACCAUCUUGCUAUGUUGUGGUUCAAACAUGCUGGAGGGACUCGAGAAGAUACCACUUUCAAGCUGAACCAGCUGCCCAUUGGCUACUCCGGCUGGGAGAGGACUCGACAGUACCCGGACGGAAGACGACACGUUGAUCGUUAUCUUUAUGGCCACCCCUCUGGCAAACGAUUCGAUUCUUUGCCAAAAGCUUUGACACACUUCCAGCACUGGCUAGAAUUUGGCCAUAGCAAUGGUUGUCCUUGCGUGCUUUGUGGUGGCAGGACAUUUACAGCUGCGCCCGAAGUCGAGCAAGAAAACAACGCAGCAGUCAUGAAUAUUGAUUUCAGCAAGCUUGACAAGACCACGCCGUACUCGAUCCUUGGCCUAGGACUCAAUGCCACCAGCGAUCAGAUCAACCAAGCGUACACGAACAGGUUCCUCUUCGUGGACAUCGAAUCGGACGACCCAACCUCAUACGGUCAUCGAUCACUGAUAGCCCUGUCGCGGGCGAAAGAGAUACUUGAGGACGAGCGGCCGAUCGGUCGACAGCUUCUCAAUAGAUGCAUACGGUGUGCCAAGGAGGGUCAAGGGAAAGAUGAGCCGUGGGAGUUCUUGGGUCUGGCGAGAGACGCAUCAGAGGAGCAGAUCGAGACCGCAUAUCAGGCAUGCAUGGCAAAUUGGUCGGAGUACGAGAAACUGGCUCCAAUGGUGUUGCACUGCAUCGAAGCUGCGAGAGAGGCGAUGCUGCGAGCUUUGUCUUGAAGGAAGUCACUCUCCAGGCACCGAGCAAUCG